AUGCUAAUCGGUGACAGUUGCUGUGGCAAGACUUGCUUGUUGAUUCGUUUCAAAGAUGGUGCUUUCCUGAACAAUAAUUUCAUUUCAACAGUUGGAAUUGAUUAUCGUGUGGAACAUCCCGUGUUCCUUUCAUGGUGUUUCAAUGGAGCCGAUACAGAGAACCGUGGAGGAAUCCCGUAUCAUCCGGAGAAAUUGUCUGAUAAUGUUUCGUUUCAGAAUAAACUUGUCGAAGUGGACAACGCGAAGAUUAAACUCCAGAUUUGGGAUACGGCUGGACAGGAGAGGUUUCGAUCAGUGACGAGCGCUUAUUAUCGUGAUGCAGAUGCACUUCUACUUGUCUAUGAUAUAUCGAAUAGAAAUAGCUUUACGAACAUUCGAAAUUGGUUAGCGCAGGUGAAAGAAUUUGCCAAGGACAGCGUGCUGAUCACAUUGAUUGGCAAUAAAAUGGACUUACAUCAGCAAAGGAAAGUGAAAUAUGACGAAGGGAAAAAGUUAGCAGAGGAUUAUAAUAUUGCUUUCAUUGAGACGAGCGCAAAAACCGGUCAAAACGUACACGAAGCAUUUCAAGAAAUGGCCAGGUAUGAGACAUCUUCUAUGGAAAUAUCGUUGGCUUGCAAUUUCCGAGGCAGUACAUGA